GCCGGUGGGCCCACCCGCGACAUGGGGGGCAAAGUCCCUCACAUUCCUUGCGACGGCAUGAUUGGACCACCGCAAGAGGCAUGCACCAAAUUGAAUUCCGGGCCCGCCCACCUGCACUCGCGGGCGCUUACAUCUCGGCACCCUCAUUGGGCCGCCGGAGUUGUGAUUAACGGUGAAAGGGACCACCCACCGAGGUUGGCGCCCUCGAAGGCCAGAUUGGUCCCCGAAACAAUCUCGGGGAAAUCUCGAGUAGACUUCUGCAGGGGUCUUCCUGUCAUCGACUAUACUCAUCCAUCGCUGGGCAGAAAAUCGACAGCAAACAUGGCCAUCAAGGGAUACACAGUUGUGCGCCGGAAGUGGAAGUCCAGGAAGCCCAUUUGGGUCCUGAUGGCAGCCGAGCUGGUCACCAUGAUUCCACUGCUCGUCCUCUUUGGCAUCGCUCAACCCGAUACCUUCCGAACGCUCAUGUGGAGAAUUGGCCAUGCUGAGAAGCUCAACUCAAACCCCAACAUCAUCCUCUACGCCCUGGCAAACCAUGAGCCGAUGCCCAAGGUGCCGUUUGUUUGGUCGCAAUUGCUUACCGAGUUCAACGUGGUUAUCUCGGUCAUCUCACUCUUCUUUCUGCUGGCGAAGAUGAUCGGCUUCAUCAUGAAAAUCUACCUCCCGGUUGUUGCGGUUGGCUGCAACAUGAUUAUGACGGCAUUCUAUGCCGUGAGCGUCUAUGGACAGGCCGGUCCCGAUUACCUUGACCCUCGAUACCCGAGCCCAACGCCUUGGUAUCUCAGGAGGAGUUGCGACGUGGCAGAGGGAUAUGGCGCUGGCAAAACCUGCAUGAUCAUCCAGGGGACAUUCGCUGCUACUGUCAUAAUGCUCUGCAUUUAUGUGAUAAACCUCGGAUGGGCAAUUUUCAACAUGAUACCCACAAAACAUGACAAGCGACACGAUGAAGACGAAGAUGAAAACGAGUACGCGUCUAGCGACUCACCCACCGAGGUCAAGACUUGGGAGAUGCAGCCACAGACGCCAAGCGCAGGCGCUGUACCAUUCACCCCUAGGACGCAGGCCUUCCACACCUUGGAUAGAAAAUUGCCAUUCAGGGCAUAUGCCGAACAGAGGCAGACGUAUGCCUGA